CACUCAUCUGUCACACAAAUCUGUCAGUAUUUAUUUUUGUGUGUGUGCGUUUCUUCCCCUCAAAUUGCAGGUCUGGUCAGUCUGAACCUGCUGGACCUCAAUGGGAAUUUGUUCUCAUCUGUCCCGAGGCAUUUACCCCGUACUGUCCAGCAGCUCUAUCUGUCCAAUAACACCCUCUCUGGGCUGGAUGAGGACAGUUUUGUGGGAUUUCACAACCUUAAGUACCUUCGUCUAAGUCACUGUGGUCUGCAGAGCCGCGGCGUGCACCCGCAGGUCUUCAACUUCUCCAGCUUGGUGGAACUGGACCUGUCUUAUAACAAACUUACAACCAUUCCCAGAGUCCCAACAACCCUGCAGUACCUCUACCUGGAGGCCAAUGAAAUACAAGGGUUCAACGUGACUAGUUUCUGCAGAGAAGUGGGACCUCUGUCCUACUCCAGGAUGAAGAUAUUACGACUGGAUGGAAACAAGAUGUCCUACCAGCAGUUGCCCCCUGACUGGGUCUUCUGUCUGCGAGUGCUUGAAAGUAUUUACAUAUGACUCCACCUUCUGAACAUGCAUCAAAAACAGGAUUACUGUAUGUGACGGGCCGACCUCAUCUAGUGAUACAAAGAAAAAAACAACAUGAUUUUUGUUUUGUUAGCCAACUCGUCAUUUGUGAAGUCAUGUAACUCUGCCUUAAAGCUAGAAACCAGAGAAGAAGAUUAGACACACUGUAGACACACUGCCAGGCACUGAAGGGAAAACUGACCUUCAAAAGUUGCCAAAGCUUGAAUUUGUAUACUAAACCAGUGUUAUUUUAUCACAAUGCCAAAAGCCCUUAUUUCUUAUACCACCAGUGCAUUCCCAUGGGUUUCUCUCUCACAUUCUAUCUUCUCCAAGUUCUGCCUCAGCAGGGUUGUACAUCUGUGUGUUAUUACCGAAUAGGAACUGUUACAAAUCCUUUCAUUUCUGACUGUACAGAAUAAUGUGCUCUGGUUAAACUGAGAUGUCUUAGGGCAAAGGGAAACAUGUAUGAAUGGUAAUAUUCAGUAGCUUCCCCAUGAGAGACUUUGACUCAGUUAGCUGGAAGGUGUUAAAAAGCCACACCAGUCCAUACAUGGUCAGAUCCAGAUAUUGAAAAUCUUCAAAUGCUCUAAACUUAAAACAAAAUAUUGUUACAUUAAACUUUGAUUUGAAAGCUGAGGUGCAUGAUCAUAAUGGUGAAAUUUGGUUUGCAUAAGCAACAAAAUAAUAAUAAAAACAUAAUAGUAUA